AUGGCCACCGUGAACUCGUCUUCUCCUUCCUCGUGCCCCAAGGACACCGUCAAGCCGGCAAGGUACUGCCUAUGCGCGCCGACGACGUACCCGGGCUCGUUCCGGUGUAGGCUCCACCGGCCGAGGGUGGCGAACACGCCGACGUCGGGAGCGGAUCAGGCGGUGAAGGAAGACGCGGCAGCGGAAGAGAAGAAGGAGACGGCGGCGGCGGCCGCCGCCGCGCGGGCAUUUCUCGCGCGUGUGGCACGGACGUCGAGGCAGAAUGUGAUCGGUAGGGUCAAGGGGUUUGAGCCGGCGCCUUCCAGGCUCCGGAUGUGCGGGUGA